UUUACUAUUUACCGGCGGCAGUCCGUCGCAGUCUGUGGCUAAAGUGCGCGAGAGACGCACGCGGACUUACAGUACGUGUGAGUUUAGAACGUUCGUUUUCAUUGGUCUGAACUUUGACAAUUUUGUGUGUGUGCAUUUGGUUUGACACAGUAAGAUGGCAAUAACCUGCGACUGUCCCAUGGCGCAGCCGGGGCCGACACUCGCCGCGACGUGUGGCGGCGGCGCCUUCAUGCUGUUCAUGGGGUUGCUCGAGGUGUUCUUGCGGAGCCAGUGCGACUUGGAGGACCCUUGUGGUAGAGCACAGUACCGUCGUCACAUGGACUCGGUGUAUGACUUCAUAGUGGUGGGAGGUGGAUCGGCUGGCUCCGUGGUAGCAGCUCGGUUGUCCGAAGUGCCCGAGUGGAGAGUGCUGCUACUGGAAGCUGGUUUUGACGAGCCCACAGGUGCUCAAGUGCCAUCUAUGUUUCUGAACUUCAUCGGGUCCAGCAUCGACUGGGGAUACCAAACGGAACCAGAACCCGCCGCUUGUCUCGGGGAAAAGGACAAAAAAUGCUAUUGGCCUAGAGGAAAGGUACUAGGCGGUACAUCAGUUAUGAACGGCAUGAUGUACAUCAGAGGAUCCCGCAAGGAUUACGACGACUGGGCGGCGGCUGGGAACGAAGGCUGGGCCUACGAAGAUGUGCUGCCUUACUUCCUCAAGUCCGAAGACAACAAGCAAUUAGACAAGAUGGACAGGGGCUACCACGCGACCGGAGGACCUUUGACUGUGUCUCAAUUUCCCUACCAUCCACCUUUGAGUUACAGUCUUAUUAAAGCCGGAGAGGAACUAGGGUAUCAAGCGGUGGACUUAAACGGAGAACAUCACACUGGUUUCUCCAUCGCCCAAACGACGAAUCGCAACGGGUCCCGCCUGAGCGUCGCCCGCGCCUUCCUCCGCCCAGCCAAGAACCGCCCCAACCUGCAUGUGAUGCUCAACGCGACGGUCACCAAGGUGCUCAUCAACCAGACCACCAGACAAGCCUACGCUGUGGAAGUGAGGAACAGCUUCGGUGGCACGGAAGUUAUAUUUGCCAAUAAUGAAAUUAUUAUAAGCGCCGGUGCAGUAGCGUCACCCCAAAUCCUCCAGUUGAGUGGUAUCGGAGACCCUGAAGUCCUCUCCCGCGCGGGGGUCAAACUGGUCCACAACCUGCCAGCCGUGGGGCGUAACCUGCACAACCAUGUCGCCCACUUCCUCAACUUUCACGUCAACGAUAACAAUACGACACCACUUAAUUGGGCAACCGCUAUGGAGUAUUUGUUAUUCAGAGACGGACUCAUGUCAGGAACAGGAAUAUCGGAAGUAACAGCUCUCAUCAAUACGAAAUAUUCGAAACCGGCGGACGACAAUCCAGAUGUCCAACUGUUCUUCGGCGGAUUUUUAGCGGAUUGUGCGAAGACUGGCAUGGUUGGGGAGAAACUUGGCGACGGCUCCCGCAGUGUGCAAAUGUUCCCAGCCGUCCUACAUCCCAAGAGCAGAGGCAAACUCGAAAUUGGCAGUGCAGAUCCAUUUGCCUAUCCCAAAAUUUAUGCAAACUACCUUACUCACCCGGACGACGUCAAAACACUGGUCGAAGGCAUCAAGUUUGCGAUAAAACUGUCAGAAACGAAAACCCUCAAGAAAUACGGCAUGAAACUUGACAAGACACCAGUAAAAGGUUGCGAAAAGAUCAAGUUUGGGUGCGACGCUUACUGGGAGUGCGCGGUGAGGAUGCAGACUGCUCCGGAGAACCACCAGGCUGGAUCCUGCAAGAUGGGACCGAGGGGAGAUCCUACAGCUGUAGUGGAUAACUUACUGCAAGUGCAGGGCAUCGACAGACUCCGGGUAGCAGACGCGAGUAUAAUGCCUGCGGUGACUUCGGGCAACACUAACGCCCCUACCGUCAUGAUCGGCGAGCGAGCUGCAGACUUCAUCAAGAAACGCUGGCUGGGAGCUAGCAAUGCACCGUAUCCUGUGAGCGGUGAGGGUGGCGUCUCCAACUUGCUCUCAGCGAGUGAAACCCGUUACCCAGGGUGGCAAUUAUGGGGUUGACUCAACCUUAAACCCGCCUAAGAAGAAUUAUCACCAGCCGCCAAUUGUUCACAAUAUUUUUGUUUACAUCUGUACAAAUUAGAAAAAAUAGAUUUAAGUAAAUAAAUAUGUUUUGAAUAUUAAAAUAUUCACGAAAUUUAAUAUAUCUAAUAGAAGGACAGCCUGUAAUAGUCAGACCUCCCUCAUUUUAUAAUAGCUAAAAGUAGUUUCAGCCGAUGCUCCUACUAUAGCCUCCUGCCUACCAGAGAUAUUUUUUGUCUAUUACGUUCUUUUGCUCUUACGUACUAUUAGUACAGAUAAGUAUUGUGGGCAACUAAGAAGUUUGGUCAUUGGUUGCUUUGUAACAUAACGCCUUUGAAGGGUCGAGAACCCUGAACAAUGCAAGUACAAAGAUAAAUCGAAAGUUAUAUGUUUCUCGGCAUAAUUUAAGAUAUCAUGUCCUAAGUCGUCAGCCACUCACUUGGUUUCGUGGUAACUAUUCGAAAAACACUAUUAUAAAUAUUUUUUUUUUUUUUGAAAUUUGAACUUUUUAAGGGAGGGUAAACCGCUUCGUAACGUAACACCUCACGACGCCACUGACUUCCAUUUUACUCGCUCAUAUGGCAGUAUAAUAAUGAUCCAGUUAGGUAGAUCCAAUUUCGAGAAGUAGAUGAACCGCCAAAUCCAACUCGGCUUGGCCGCACUUGGGAAACUUCGCGAUAUCUUUCCGUUCGUCAGAAAUUCCUCAGUGCUUGAAGAUAAAAGUCUUCGAACAGUGCGUGUUGCCAGUUCCGAGUCUUGGUCGCUAAUUAUGGGCCUAAAAGAAGGCUCAGUCACACAGCGGGCGAUGGAACGAGCUAUGCUAGGAGUGAUGGAAAUAUGAAAGUCUCUAUAAAGAGUUGAAUUGCAACAAACUUUGCAUAUGAAGUCGUAAAAAAAGUCUGGCUAAUACAGGCUGUUUAAUCCAAUAAGUAUUUUAGAAUUUACUUAAUGUAAUAAUUUAUCUACGAAUAUAAGUUGUAAAGUACUGCGCUUUUAGAAAAUUAAGUUAAAUAUUUAUAAAUAAAAAACCAAUGUGUUGA